AUGAAGAUAAAACUUUCCCUCAUAGCUUGCUUGGUAGUGAAUUGUUUUCUUGGGGUUUGUCGAGGAGGUGGGCUCAUAAAAAAUUUCUACAGAGAAACCUGUCCUCAAGCAGAGGAUAUUAUCAACACUGUAACUCGGGAGCAUGUCUUUGCGAAGCCUGAAUUGCCAGCCAAGUUGAUUAGAAUUCAAUUUCACGAUUGUUUUGUCAGGGGUUGUGAUGCCUCGGUUAUGUUGGAUUCCACUGCCAAUAACACUGGGGAGAAAAAGUCAAUUCCUAAUCUGACUUUGACUGCAGGCUUUGAUGUCAUAGAUGUUAUAAAAGAAGCCGUGGAGGAAAAAUGUCCAGGGAUUGUAUCUUGUGCUGACAUACUAGCAUUGGCAGCUAGAGAUGCUGUAUCUGUCCAAUUUAAUAGACCUAUGUGGGAAGUGCUAACCGGUAGAAGAGAUGGAACAAUUUCCAAUGCCUUUGACGUCGUGGACAAUAUCCCAGCACCUUUCUUAAACUUCACCCAGCUCAUGCAAAAUUUUCGCAGCAAAAACCUUACUCUGCAAGACCUGGUUGUAUUAUCAGGAGCACACACACUUGGAGUAAGUCAUUGCAACUUGAUCAAUAGCAGGAUUUACAACUUCACUGGGAAAGGAGAUCAUGAUCCUUCAUUGAAUUCCACUUAUGUUGAAUACUUGAAGACAAAGUGCUAUAACCAGAGCCUCGAUGAUACCACCACAACAGUAGAGAUGGAUCCUAAUAGCUCUACCACAUUUGACAGUUCAUACUAUUCCAUCCUUCUCCAGAACAAGGGUAUGUUCCAAACAGAUGUUGAACUUCUAGCCACGCGACACUCGAGAAAAAUUGUUAAUGAAUUGGUUGAUCAAAGCACAUUCUUCAAACAGUUUGCCCGGUCAAUGAAGAGGCUUGGAAGUAUUGAGGUCCUCACAGGCCCCGCAGGGGAAAUUAGGAGGAACUGCUCUGUUGUCAACUCUUGAUCAAACAUCAAUAAAGAUUCAUGUGCCAUCAUAUUUCUUGAUGUAGAAAGAGAAGGGAGAAGAAUAAUAAAUAUGAUGUAUGUGAUAGGAUUUGAUAAGAAGGGGAGAUAGAAAGAAAAAUGUGUAUAUGGGUGUUGUUAGUGUUUUGUGGUACACAAAUUGCGAGUGUCAAUUUGUUUCUUAAAUAGACUUUCU